AUGAUCCACUGUGACCGUUCGGGUCUACAGUGCAGCCGAGAGUGGCCAUGUAAUCAUUUUCAAUUGAGGCGGAUGCCGCAUCUGUGUAAAUUUACGCCUAAAAAGGUGUUGAGGGCGGGCGCACCGGCCGUCAAUAACACAAAUGCAAGACCAGUAGAAAGCAAUGGUAGCCGCAACUACGGUAAGGGCUCAGCAGCAAUCUCAAAGGUGUCUCAGGCCUUGUCUCCUGAGAUGGAGAGCGCCUUGCGAGUGGUUCCUCCGAAGCCCUAUACAGACAUCCUGGUGCAACAUUUCCUAGGUGAUACAAAUCAUCACUACUAUACUCUGUAUCCGCCAAUGUUCUCCUACGAUUAUUCCGUAUGGUGGACAAACAGGACUUGGGCUCAAGUACUGACUCCCCAAUUUACAUGUCUGCUUUUACUGCAAGAAAAACUCGAAACAGAAUUGGGUGAAAGCGUCCAAACCUUAUCUGAGCGCUAUCAUAACGCUGCCCAACGAUUAAGCGGUACCAUUUCCCCAGGUAAAGGCGGUCUCGCGCAAGUGCAGCAGCUAUUUCUUAUGGCAUUCUGGUACAAGACAGAAGGUCUUUUUAUCGAGUCCUGGCACUCGCUAAGCGCUUCUAUCCAUGAGGCACAAGAAUUGGCGUCUUUCAGCCCAGAUGUAUCUGAAUUUGGCAAGGAGAUGCGGAGACGAAUUUGGUGUCUCUUAUACUCUUGGGACUGGCAAAUGUCAGUUAUGCUAGCCCGUCCGUUUGUCAUCAACACCAAUUAUUACAGCUUCGAACUGCCCAAUUUGCGGUUGGAAAGCCUUGAUAUGCCGAAAGGAGUGCCGUCCCCGAUGGCACACAUUGCUCUCCAAUGCGAACUGGGCAAAGAGAUGACAAAGAUACCUGAAGUUCCAGGGGGUAUUAUGUUACCUGAACAAGCAGACUCCAUUCAACGGACAGCUGAGAAUUGGAUGACUUCCUUUCCACAAGCUUAUAGCCUCACAAACCCGGACAUGCGUUGGGACAAGGAUUACCACUACGUGAUGUUCCAGCGUUAUCAAUUGCAAGCUAUAGGACAUGUGAUGAUUUUCUUCCCUGUGAAGCUGACCCUCACAAGGAGCGUCGACUCGAUGACAGAUACCGAGAAGAACAUGCGACAGACGGCCGUUCGCUGCGCAUUGAAGUUGAUGGAAAUCUCCCGUCAGCUAUUAGACUGCUUGCUUCCCAUAAAUGCCAAGUUCUACCUGGCGACUUUCCUCAUCUUCGACACGGCCGCUUGCCUGUGUUCAGCAAUAGCCCAUGACAGUGACUAUUCACUCCCGCAACGAGCGAAGAUCAUCGAGACUAUUGGCUCUGCUCUGAACAUGUUGGAUCAGGUUCGGAACACCAAGCUCGGUGCAACAUGCUAUGCGAUCCUUAAAAAUAUCCAAUUCCCUCCUGGGUAUACAAGCGGUAUGUUUGGGGCACCCCCAACAACGAGUGUCUUUGAUCCGGGAAUUUCAUCGUCUUCAAGGAUGGGGUUCUAUAAUGCGGGAGCUACGAUGCCUCAAGUGACGAAUCUUGACGAUUUGUCUAAUAUGGAUCUUGGUGGGCUGAGUCAGAUUUGGGAUUGGGGAUACCUCGGGUUUACGGCUUGA